AUGGACGCCCACGAUAAACAACAAGCUCCGGUCUCCGAACAUCUUCAAUCGACCCCGAUCCCCAUUGCGCAGCUCGCCCCGUCGCUCGACAAUCUACCCAGCAACUCUGUACGCGGUGUAGUGGCUCUGCUAUGGCCCUACUCAUCGUCCACGCGGUCGAUCAGUCUGCUUCUGGCGGAGCCCGACUUUCGGCUCCGGCGGUCUGGCGGACAAGUGAGGGUCGUCUUCCACGGACACGUCGCGGAAGAGGUCGCCAGGUCGCAGGUUGGGAUCGGCGACAAUGUGUAUCUCAGCCUGAACGGAUCCAGGCUGACCGACAAUGACCCGAAAGUUCUCACCCCGGGCAAGAGCGUCGCCUGGGAUGUGCAUUUCGAGACCACGGUCCUGGUCGAGGUGUGGCGCUCCGAUCAACACCUUUCCACCGUCAAGAUCGAUCCCCCCUUGUCGCCUCUGCCCGCUGCCGAGAGUACCACGCCCACACCGACUACCCCCGAUCCGAGAGGCAGUGCCUUCCCCCGCGGCCUCGACUCGGCGACCUGGCAAUCGCCCGCGUUCCUGGGACACUCGAGAACGUCUAUCGGAAGCCAUAUAGCUGGCUCGGCUUUGCAUCCGGCCUUUGAUCCCUUCGCGGAGGAUGAUGGAUUCGUUCCGGGCAAAGGGAGGAAACGGACGCGGUUCAGUAUACGCAAUGACUGGCGGCUGGUGGACGAACCAGCCAGUCCUGAGGAUCUAGAAAUACCGGGGGACUGGACGGCUAUGUUCGACGACGAGGCCUGGCUCAACCAAGCGGCGGCGGAGUUGGAAGAGGCCGCUGAGGAAGCGGAUGGCUCCCCGGAAGUCCCGACGGUACCCGUGUCGCCUCAGACCGGCGGGACCGAUCAGCUGCCUUCCGCCCCUACGGUCCAAGAAGAACCUACAAGUGCAGUCUCAGAUGUAGACCGAAUGUCGGAGACGCCCGAGGCUCGUGAGGAUAAUACCUCGGAAAAGGCCCAACCGAAGCCGGAUGCGCAAUUUCUUCGGCCGGAUCUUUCUCGGCGGCUUGAGUUCUCGCGGCAUAUGCAUAGGACUAUUUCAAGUCUUUCUGGCCACCUUCCCACGGACACUCCGCGGCUGAAUCCGAUUCCUUCUCCGGGUCUGCCAAUUCCCUCUCCACUGAUUAGCUCAUCAAAUAGCCCGCAGGGGUACUUUGGUUCGGUUGCAAUCACGUCCGAGCCAGCUACGUCUGAUCCAUUCCAGCUAGCUGCACCGCAGUCAGACUUAGCCCGGGAAUCUUCGCACGCGGAAAGCGAGGCUGGGUCUCGUGCAGCGAUCGCGAUCGAGUCUAUUGAACUUCAAGCCCAAGGGCCUUUAACCGGGGGUGCCACAGGUACUCCCAGCAAUGAAGCUGCUGAGCCAGCCCCUGUCUCUGAGCUGCUCAUGGAAGACCCGGGGCUUUCAAUCGUGGAGGAAGCGGGGAGCGUGGAAGAGAAUGUAUCGACACCUGCCCUGGCUGCUGAAGCUCCUUCGCCAGAGAGAGAUGCGGAUUUGGAAAUGGCGGAUGCAGACUCAUUGCCAACCGAAUGGACCGUGACGGAAAUCGAACAUGAGACCUUCCAUGGCGAAACAGACGACCACGAGGAAGAACUCCGUCCUACCCUCCAAGAUGAAGAGGAAUACUCUGAAGCUGAGAACGCGAGUGGAGAGGAAUCGGCGAUUGAGGAGCAUGAAGACGAGCUUGCCAGCCAAGGCUCCGAGCCUCGAUCGGUUGACCUGGCCGACGAACAUGAACAGGAUGUGGCGGACGACGCGGAACCCACCCCCGAUCCAAGGACAGAUGGUGAUAUGGCAUCGGACGACGAAGCAGGAUCAGCUGUGGAAGAUCAUGGUGUCGAAGGGCCCGCAGGCCAGUAUGAUUUCGACGAGGAAUCCGAACACUUUGAGGAAGACGUGUCCGAUGAAGGUGAUUUGGAUGAAGUCGACGAGGAUGAGGAUGAACUGGACGAAGAGGACAUGUACGAUGACGACGAAGACGACGGAGAAGGAUAUGAUGACCGUGUUGAGUCGGAGUCGGAUCCAGAGGAUGUCAGGCACGAGGCGCCCCCGCCGAAAAGGAAUUCCCCGGAGAUCAUUGUUUUGGACAGUGACAGCGAAGAUGAACCUGCGCCUGGACAGCCGAGCCCUGGGGCUUACUCAAGGCCGAGAGGUGCAAGUGUUUCAAGCGCCGAACGAUCAGGACAAUUUAACGAUGAGGCUUCGGACUCGGAAGUCGUUGAUGAUGAUGAGGAAGAGGUUUACGAUGGGGAAGAGGCUUACGAUGAGGAAGAUAUGGAAGACGAGGAAGAUAUGCACGACGAGGACAUGGUCGACGAGGAUGAAGAGACAAAUGUUCCCUAUACUUUCGAUGCUGAGCUCGAAGAUGCUGAAGGGGAUGUUGGAUCCGAGAUUGACGAACGGUCGAUUCAAGACCAAAGGCAUGGGCAGGAACAAGAGCCGGAAAGAGGUCUGGAAGAGCGAGAAAACGACAACCAUUCAGUCCAUGAGGACAUGGUGAAUGUACAUUCAGAAGCAGAAGAUGCUAGUUACGGGGGAAUGAUGAAGGGAUUGCCGGUCGAUGAACACGAGCAACCGAGAGGGGAGAUCCUCAUCGAGGAAAGUGUGAUGCGACAACACACUGGGACCGAAGAGUCUGGGGAUGAGCAGGCACAAGCCAAAGAGGUUGAUACUGUGCAGCUUGAGGAAUCAUACGUUCAGGAGCACGUCGCAGAGGAAGUCGAUCAGGCUGACCAUAUGCAAGCAUUGGUCCACGAGCCAGGGUCUGUGCCUGUGCCAUAUCAUGAUGUGGACCCAGUCCAGAACCCAGAAAGUCCCGCUGGCAUUCAAGAAAUUCAAACGACGACGCUAAUCCACGGCCCUGGCUACGAAAGUCUAGAAUUCUUUUCGUCGAGUGGACCUGAUUUUGGACAUGUCGACCACAGCGCUGGCCCUCUCACGCAUUCGGCUGAUCUCCCAAUCGACCCUGCACUCCUUGAGUCGGCUACGUUCUCAGCAGCAAUUCCUUUACCUGAUUCGCAACACAGCCUGGUUGAUACAAUAAUCCAACCCGAGGAUGAUGAAACAGCCUUGGCAGAUCAGCAGCCAGUGGAUGCAGGCCUGUCGCUUGAUGGUGCCUCGGAGAGCUUGCCUAUAUCCGCUGAUUUGAGUCGCCAAAGUCCAAGCCUCCCACUUGACCACCAAUUGAUCACCCCGGAGCCUUCACAGCUGAUCGGCAUGGGAAAGCUUCCGUCAGUAGCUACCGCUGCAAACGAAAUACCGCCGACUCCUGAGCCCACACAGGUAGAUGCAGAUAUGCAGGAUGUCGAAAGCGAGGAAUUCGUCUCGGUAGACGAAGGCUCCGAGACAGAGAGCUAUGCCUCUGCACCGUCGCAGAAGGAAUUCCACCAAGACGAAGGCGGCCACGUGGGUAGGGAGACCGAUGUCUAUGCCACGCACAGCGAGGACGAGGUGAUGCUGGUUGGGGGCGACGUGUCUCGCAUCGUCGCCCUGAAUCGCAACUACCCGGGCCUGCGCAGCAAACUGUCCUACUUCGCGCCGCUGGCCACCCUGGUCGACCAUUUCCGAGGGCUCAUCGAUACGAUCUCCACGGUCGCCGAGGUGCGACCCGUGAUCCGGGCAACGUCCGGCAAGAAAGACUACAUCCUGACGCUGGGGCUGACCGACCCUUCCUUGGCGGGUACCUUGCUCUUCGCGCAGAUCUUCCGGCCCAACAAGACGGCCCUGCCGUCCGUGGCGGAGGGCGACGCGAUCCUCCUGCGAGACUUCCAGGUCAAGAGCUUCAACCAUGCCAUGAUGCUCGCCAGCGUGGAGACAAGCGCCUGGGCCGUGUUCACCGCGGCCGGCGCCAACCCGCAGGUCUCCGGCCCGCCGGUCGAAUACGGCCCUGAGGAGGCGAGCUACGCCACGGACCUGCGCCAGUGGUACCUGGAGAACGGGAUGGCGAUGGUCGCCGACCACCAGCUGCAGGCGUCGGUUGAACGCGAGAGCCGCGAGGCCACGCCGCACAGCGUCACCGGGCUGAGCGACGCGGGGAGCGUGAAUUCGACGGGCGGCGGCGGCGGCGGCGAGAUGCGCGAAGCCUCGUCGACCUCGAACCGGGGGGCCGGGGGCUCUCGGCGGCGCAAAUCGCACCGUCGCAUCACGAUCCAUGAGCUGCGGGAUGGCAGGCGGUACGCCGAGGUGGGCUCGCCGACUAGCCGUGAUAGUAUCCACGAACUCCGCGACGGUACUGUGUACGCCAAUCUCUGA